CAUUAACCGUUGCUUUUCAAAUUCGUAACCCGGCGUUCGUGUGACGCCGCCGGCCGCCGUUCCGAUUUCCCGGUCAAGAGCUACGAACUGUGUCGCGGUAUGACGGAAACGCAGCAAAAGGCCAAGUGCAUUACUCUGAAAGGUUCUGCCGAGCUGGUCGCGCAAUAUCUCCUCUAUGGGGUCAAUAGUAUACUCUAUCAAAGAGGAAUAUAUCCCCCGGAGACGUUUCAACCCUCCGAGCACUUUGGUCUCUUCAUCUUCACGUCCACGGACGAGAAGAUUGCGUCCUUCUUGAACACCGUGCUGGGACAAAUCCAAGAGUGGCUCGUCCAGCGUAAGGUGCGCAAGAUCACGCUCGUCAUCACCAACGUCAACACGAAGGAGGUGCUAGAGAAGUGGGACUUUAAGAUCGACUACGAAGACGAGAAAGCCAACGGAACAGAUGGCAGUGUAAAGGCCAGUCUACCCCAAGUAGGGACCAAGGAUGUCAAGACUAUACAGAAGGAGAUACGCGAAGUGAUACGUCAGAUCACAGGCACCGUCAGCUUCCUGCCGCUUUUGGAUUGUUUGUGUUCCUUCGACAUACUUACGUAUACCGUACCGGACUGUAACAUUCCUAACCAGUGGGACGAGACUCAGCCAGUUUUUAUUGCAAAUAGUCAAGAGGUACAACUUAGAUCAUUUUCAACCUCUAUACAUAAAAUGGAUACUGUAGUCAGUUAUAAAAAUAUCUGAGUCUAUGUGUUUGUAUACAAACACGUUGACUUAUAUACAGUGAUUGUAAAUACAAACUGCAUUGUACGUCAGCUGCAUAGGUACCAUCACCACCAAAGACUGCUCUGUUGUGUUAUUCCAUUGCAAAAUGUCAUGGUUGAAUCGCACAGCGAUACUCUUCUAUAUAUAUAAUAUUUUUAUUAAUAUGUAUAAUGCUUUUAACAUGUGAAAUAUUCUCCACGUAUUUUCCUAGGAAUAUAUAUUUUUUUUAACA